GAUAGAGCGUCAUUGCCACCGAGCUCGAUGAACAAACCCGCUGCCAAUUGACCGGCCAAACACGCAGAUGGCGUCGCUCUACCGCAUCGCAGGUUGCGGUGCCAGGCGCCUGCAGCUUGCACGACCGACCUCCUCCAUCCGCGCCUUCUCCCGUACUGCUCUGCGUGCCGCCAACGAGCUGCCUCAGCGCACCACCCUCACACCCGUCGACCCUGACUUCGCCCAUCCCGCCGAUCCCUAUGGAUUGCAGCGUAUGCAGAACGCCGAGGGCGCCAUCGAGGCCUCGCGAGAGAAUAGCAUCAAUGACCGCAAGGUCCGUCACUACACCGUCAACUUCGGCCCCCAGCAUCCCGCCGCCCACGGUGUGUUGCGUCUUAUUCUUGAAAUUAGCGGAGAGGAGAUCAUUCGCGCCGAUCCUCACGUCGGACUUUUACAUCGAGGCACCGAGAAGUUGAUCGAGUACAAGACGUAUCUGCAGGCCCUACCCUACUUCGACCGUCUUGAUUACGUCUCCAUGAUGACCAACGAGCAAUGUUUCGCCUUGGCCGUUGAAAAGCUUCUCAACGUCGAGAUUCCCGAGAGAGCGAAGUGGAUUCGAACCCUGUUCGGCGAGAUUACCCGUAUUCUAAACCACCUCAUGUCCGUCCUAUCCCAUGCCAUGGACGUUGGCGCGUUGACACCUUUCUUGUGGGGUUUCGAGGAACGUGAGAAGUUGAUGGAAUUCUAUGAACGUGUUUCAGGCGCUCGUUUGCACGCUGCCUAUGUUAGACCCGGCGGUGUCCAUCAAGACAUCCCUGUUGGCCUACUCGACGAUAUUUACCAAUGGGCCACUCAGUUUGGUGACCGUAUCGAUGAGACCGAAGAAAUGCUUACAGAUAACCGUAUCUGGAUUCAACGAUUAAAGGGUGUAGGUGUUGUCCCUGCGACCGACGCUCUCAACCUGUCCUUCACCGGUGUUAUGCUGCGUGGAUCUGGUGUCCCGUGGGACAUUCGGAAGAGUCAACCAUAUGAUGCCUAUGACCAGGUCGAGUUUGACGUACCCGUCGGCAUCAACGGCGAUUGUUAUGACAGAUACUUGUGCCGCAUGGAAGAAUUCCGGCAAUCGCUGCGUAUCAUCCACCAGUGCCUGAACAAGAUGCCCGCUGGCCCCGUUCGGGUUGAGGACUACAAAGUCUCACCACCCCCGCGAACAGCUAUGAAGGAGAACAUGGAGGCCCUCAUCCAUCAUUUCCUCCUAUAUACUAAAGGUUACGCCGUACCUCCGGGUGAAACAUACUCGGCCAUCGAGGCGCCGAAGGGAGAAAUGGGCGUCUACCUCGUCAGUGACGGCAGCGAGCGGCCGUACCGAUGCUCCAUCCGAGCCCCUGGUUUUGCUCAUUUAGGUGGUUUCGACCAAGUCGCAAGAGGCCAUCUCUUGGCUGAUGCUGUCGCUGUUAUUGGUACCAUGGACCUGGUGUUCGGUGAGGUUGAUAGGUGAUUUACCUGAAAAGGAUAGACAAGAUAAAUAGAUACCUUGAAAUGCAUUUGAAUCUGCGCUUUCCCUUUUCAUAUGUACAAUAGCCGGAGACAAGAAGCGCAGUGAUCGAGACUCUACUCGAGAUGCGCACAUCAUAGAGGCUAUCCACCCCUUGGAGGGUGUCAGGCACGAGGUGUCUAGUAACUAUAUGCAUAUAUGAUCACUUACAUAUUCCUCAUCAUCGUAUGCUACAUUGUGCUGAGCAAUGAGUGACAAUUCACGUGAAGGAAGAUUCAGUAAUGGCCAAUUAUAGGUCGGCCCUAGUUAGUAGCAUGUUACUCGCUGGGCCCAUGGAAUCAUAAUGAAAAUUGAGGUAGUUAGUAACAAAGUAAACAAAUUUC